CUUUGUUUAGCGAUUUUUAUUUGGUAGAUCAUCAUCAUCUUCAUUUCAGAGAAAAUCAAUCGCCGAUCUUUGCACAAAUUCUGGUCUAGAGGUUUAUCGAUUCUCAAUUUCCCGAUCUUCGUUCUCUUCUUUGUUAAUUCAUUUCGGGAAUUUUUAGGUUCAAUCGAUGACGCUUAAGAUGGAUUUCUUUUAGGUUUCUUCGUUGUUGUUUAAGUCUCUUUUAGGUUUUGAGAGAGUGUUGUUUUAGUUGGUGUUGGUGUUUAGGGUUUGGAUCUUCCGAUCGAUUUCAUGGAGGGGUGUCUCUUGUUGAUGCCCGUACAAGAAAGAUCUAUGUUGUUCGUUUGUUUAGAUUGGAAUUAGAGCUAGGUUUGUUUUUGUUUUUUCUCUAGGAAAUGUCUGUUGCUGAUGUUGCAUUGAGCCCGAUUCAUAGAGGAUCAGGGUUUGCUUUCGGUCACGAACAAUCGCACUACUCCGUCGAAUCGGUUCUGGUGUUCCUAAGUGUUUCUGGUUCUACGAUGCCUAUGCUCAUCUUGGAGUCUGAUUCCAUAGCUGAAGUGAAACUUAGGAUCCAGACGUGUAAUGGUUUUAGGGUAAGAAGACAGAAACUGGUUUUCAGUGGUCGAGAGCUCGCAAGGAACGCCUCACGUGUCAAGGACUAUGGCGUGACCGGUGGUAGUGUGUUGCAUCUGCUGCUUAAGCUCUAUGACCCGUUGCUUGUCACCGUCAUAACCACUUGCGGUAAAAUCUUCGAGUUUCAUGUGGAUCGACGCAGAGAUGUUGGGUAUCUCAAAAAACGCAUCUCCAAAGAAGGGAAAGAUUUUCCUGAUGUUGAUGAUCAAGAGAUCUUGUAUAAAGGGGAGAAGCUUGAAGACAACAGGAUCAUAGAUGGGAUUUGCAAAGAUGGAAACUCUGUGAUCCGUUUACUGGUUAAGAAAUCGGUGAAGGAAGCUUCGGUGAAAAGAGAAGACGAUGCUGCUUCUGGCAAAGACUUCUUGUUAGAACCUGUUGUUCUCAAUCCCGCUCUGAAGCUACCCAAGGUUCUCGAGGAUAUGAUUGACCAAACGGUGGACGGUUUAAACAAAGGCAAUCCACCGGUGAGAUCAGCUGAAGGAACGGGAGGGACAUACUUGAUGCAAGAUUCUUCAGGCCUCAACUAUGUGUCUGUCUUCAAGCCCAUGGAUGAGGAACCAAAGGCUGUGAACAAUCCUCAGCAGCUUCCUGUGUCAUCAGACGGUCAGGGAUUGAAGAGAGGAACUAGAGUAGGAGAAGGAGCAACCAGAGAAGUCGCAGCUUACUUGUUAGAUCAUCCUAAAACCGGACCGAGAUCAUUGUCGAGAGAAGUUAUGGGCUUUGCUGGUGUGCCACCAACCGCUAUGGUCAGAAGCUUUCACAAAGCGUAUAAUUACACAAAGGGAGUUGCAAAAGAUGCAAAAGUUGGUUCUUUGCAAAUGUUCAUGAAGAACAACGGAAGCUGCGAAGACAUUGGCCCUGGAGCUUUUCCUGUGGAAGAAGUGCAUAAGAUCAGCGUCUUUGACAUUAGAAUGGCAAACGCAGAUCGACAUGCCGGAAACAUAUUAACCGGGAAAGGCGAAGACGGCAAAACCAUUCUAAUCCCCAUCGAUCAUGGCUAUUGCUUGCCGGAAAAUUUUGAAGAUUGCACAUUCGAGUGGCUAUACUGGCCGCAAGCAAAAGUCCCGUUUUCUUCGGACAUUCUCAACUACAUAAAGUCGCUAGACUCUGAACAAGACAUUGCGCUUCUGCAACUCAACGGUUGGGAUGUUCCUGAAGCUGUCUCACGCACGUUACGUAUCUCCACGAUGCUUCUGAAGAAAGGCGUUGAGAGGAACCUAACGCCGUAUCAAAUUGGAAGCAUAAUGUGCAGAGAAACAGUGAACAAGGACUCUGCCAUUGAAGAGAUAGUGAGAGAAGCUCAGAACUCGGUGUUACCUGCGUCGAGCGAGGCUACGUUUCUUGAAGCUGUCUCUAUGGCCAUGGAUCGUCGUCUGGACGAGCUAACUAAGUAAACAAUCUAAGUACAUAAUAAAAAAGUUUGGUUUUCCUGUGUGUAUGUUAAUGGUUGAAAAAACGUUGAUAGGCUCUUCUUGGAUAAUUUUUUUCUUCCAUGAAAGAAGCCUUAAGCUUUUGUGUUCUUUUUCUUCUGUAAUGAAUAAAACGUUGUCGGGUUUUA